UAUGAUUCCUCGUGAUCUCAGCCCCCUGACGAAUUUUCUUGAUGAUGAAAAAAAAAAAAAAAAAGAGAGAAUCUAAAUUACUGGAUAAUGGCCAUUGGUAUAUUAAACCCCAGCGACUACGGGGUAUCGAGAGAGCUUGGUUUCUUAUCAGACACGCCUCCCAUUCAACGCCUGGCCAUUCCACGAUACGAUCCAUGGGAGAAGACAGUCUCCAGGCUUCCGACUUUGAUUGAACAGCGCAGAUUACGGGACGAAGUCCAUAGAAUCCCGAUUCUAUCAACAACGCCGUUGAGGACGUGGGCUGAGCGGACACGAGCAUACGUGUGCUUGGUCUUUUUAACAAAUGGCUACGUCUGGGGUGGCGAUGAGCCGGCGACGGUCCUGCCCCCUUGUCUCAGCAUCCCUCUCCUCGAAAUAUGCAGCCAUCUCGACGUUCCCCCGAUAGCAACAUAUGCUGGAGUAUGCCUUUGGAAUUAUAGCCUCCGCUCACCCAUGGGAUACGUCAAUCAGCUCGAAAACCUACGGAGCAAUACUUCUUUUACCGGGAUAAUAGAUGAAGAAUGGUUCUAUAUGGUUUCGGUUGCCAUUGAGGCCCAGGGCGGGCCAUCGAUCACGGACUCGCUCGAUGCAAUCCAAGCAGCCUACAAUAAUGACCAUGAGAAGGUAGUCGAGUGUUUGAACUCCAUUGCUGAGAACUUGUUGCAUAUGUCUGUGCUAUUGGGGAGGAUGAACGAGAGGUGUUCACCUCGGCCCUUCUAUACACAACUCCGACCCUUUCUCGCCGGCACGAAUCGAAUGAAAGAGUUCGGACUUCCCGAGGGAUUAACUUAUGACUGUGGCCAUGGGAAGAGAUUAUACCGGUCCUACAAGGGCGGGAGUAACGCACAGAGCACCCUAAUCCAGUUCCUCGACACCGUCCUAGGCGUCGAACACCACUCCGACGACCCAAAAGGCUCGGCAGAGUUUACCAACGAGAUGCGGAACUACAUGCCAGGCGAACAUAGGAGGUUCCUCGAGGGAGUAUCGAAAAUCGCAAACAUCAAGGCCUUCGUCCACGAUAAUCGCGCGCAUACUGAACUCCAGGCCGCAUACAAUAGGUGCAUACAGGGUAUGUGCCGCAUACGAGACACCCAUUUCCAGAUUGUCGCGCGCUUUAUCCUCCUGCAAUCGAAGAAAGGAUCUGGUCAUAAUCACCGUCUAUUGAACUCUCCACAAGAUGACCCGGUACCUCGCGGGACUGGGGGGACGGACCUUGUUCGGUUUCUCCAGAAGACGCGAGAGGAGACUGCUAAGUGUAGGGUUCAGAAGCCUACUACAGUGGUGGAUAAUCCAUGACCGAACAAGCGUAGUUGAUUUUUGAAGAUGGAAAUUCAGUGAUUCAACUCUCGUAGUAAUAAUAGAUUUACUUUUCUCAACUGCCAAAUAUUUCCAGUGAAGCGAUCACGCACUUGAGGAGUUUUCGACUGAUGGACUUGAAUCCGAACCAGAUCGGCGG